AUGGUCAUUAAAGCUCAGACCCCCAAGCUCCGCAUUGCUAUCGUCGGAAGUGGCAUCGCGGGGCUAUCCCUGGUGAAUGCCCUGCAGCGCUACUGCGAUAUGUCCCUUCUCGAGGUCACCUUGUUUGAGGCAGCCCGCCAUCUGUCUCCCAAGGGCGCGGGUAUUGUACUGUACCAGCGUCCACAACGCAUACUGCGCGAAAUCGGUCUAGGCGCGCUCUUGGAGAGAUACGUCUCCGACCACAGCGACAUCACAUGGCGUCUCCGAUACAGUGAUCAAGAGAAUGGCUUCAAUAUUGACGAUAUGCGUCUGGAGGAUGGUGUCUAUCUCUUUCACAGACACGAUUUUCACAAGGUCCUUCUCGACUCUUUGUCUCCGGACGUGCGUAUCUGCCUCGAUCACCGUCUGAUGGAUUAUACGACUAGUUCUACGGAGACCACGUUGACCUUCAGCAAUGGAACGACCGCUACCUGUGACCUACUCAUCGGCGCCGACGGCUUGCGCUCACAUGUCCGUCGUAAUAUGCUAGGAGCUCUAGCUGCCAGAUCGGGCGACGACCACUAUCUCGAGUCCAUCCAACCCGUAUUCACUGGCACGUACGUGUACCGCGGCCUUGUCGACGCCGAGGGCCUUGCGAAGCGGCACCCAGGUCACCAAGCGCUGAAGACACCGAUCCAGUGGUUAGGGAAGUACAGGCACCUCACUACCUAUCCCAUCGGGCAGGGUCGCUAUGUCAACUUCGCUGUCCAUGUUUCUGACUACUCGGAGGAGGGAACACGCAUCGAUGGGAACGGCGCGUCGACUCCCGCCACCGUCGAUGAUGUGCGUGCGAAACUGCGCGGAUGGGACGAAGAAUCGCUCGUUCUCGUUGAUAGUGUAAGCGGGAUCACGAAGUGGCCCGUCAUGGAACUGCACCCCCUUCCCGUCUACGCAGAUGAGCGCGUCAUACUUAUUGGCGACGCGGCUCAUGCGAUGACACAUCAUGUUGGUGCAGGCGCCAGCCAGGGCAUAGAGGAUGGAUUCAUACUCGCCAGAUGCAUAUCCAAGGCGCUGGAGAUGUGCACCGGCGAUGCGCGCGACGAACGCGUCAUCUCCCAGACCGUCAAGCUGUAUAACAAGCUACGCGUCCCGAUGUCCAACUACCUUCUCGACCGCGCCCGCGUGCAAGGGAAGGUUUGGGGCCUCGCCUUCGAGGAAGAGAAGGUCGACCUGAGCGUCUUUGACCAGCUCCCCGCCAAUUACGCCGACCUCAGCUUCACUGACAAGGCCGCUAGCCUCAGCACGGACAGCUACAGCUGGUUCAAGAGCGGCUUCAUCCGGGAAAUGGACGCUCUGAUCGAGAAGGAACUCGGGAAAUGUGAAUACGUUUUGAGGGCUUAGUGAGCACGGCUGUUGCAUGUCUUUGUCAGUCUGGAUAUGUAGUGCACUCGAGUCGCAGUCCUGUCAAGAUACAAAGUGUGAUACAUCCGUAGUAAUCCGAAUACUUUGAGUCGUGGACCUACAUCCAUCAUCAGUCGUCACUGAACUAGUUUCCUUCGCCUCCGUCACUCGACGUUAUGAUCACCCAGCCUGCGCAACUGCGUCAAAG